CCCAUCCGACAGGCCAAGCGGGUGGUUCCUGAGCCAAGGAACGCUGGCUUGGGACAGGCCCUCCAGGCUGGGCACCUGAAGCCCACGAAGGUGUGCUCACGAAAACAGGGGACUCCGGCCGCGGGAGCCCCUCGCGGCAGUGCUGCGGCCGCCGGCCGAACCCAGGGCGACGCCCGCAGCGAGCUCAGUGCCGCAUUACGCACUUCCGCCCUUCAGCCCUUCCGCAGCGGCGGUGCGCGGUGCUCCGCGCCGUCGGGGCGGGACUUCCGGCGCGCGGCGCUCCACUUCCGCGCCCGCCGGAAGCGUGGGAUCUGCAGUCGCCUGGGCGACAGUGCGGGUCCUGAGGACUGGCAGAAGUCAUGGAUGUAGACGCUGAAAGAGAGAAAAUAACAAAGGAGAUAAAGAAGCUGGAAAGAAUUUUGGAUCCCAGUUCCUCUAGCAUCCAUGUGGAGGUUUCAGAAUCAAGUCUUGAUUCGGAUUCUGAUGCAGAUUCGCUGCCCAGCGAGGACUUGGAUGCUGCUGUGCCCCCGAUCUUGGAAGAAGAAAGGUGGGGUGAGGCCAGCAAUGACGAGGAGGACCCCAAGGAUAAAGCCCUCCCUGAAGACCCCGAGACCUGUCUGCAACUGAACAUGGUCUACCAGGAAGUCAUCCAAGAGAAGCUGGCAGAGGUCAGCCUGCUGUUGGCCCAGAACAGGGAACAACAGGAGGAGAUCCUAUGGGAUCUGGCUGGGUCCAGAGGCCCCAGGGUGAAGGAUGGCAAGAGCCUGCCCCCAAACAUGUACAUUGGGCACUUCAUGAAGCCAUACUUCAAAGACAGGGUCACUGGAGUGGGGCCUCCUGCCAAUGAAGAGACGCGAGAGAAGGCUGCCCAGGGAAUCAAGGCUUUCGAGGAGCUCCUGGUGACCAAGUGGAAACACUGGGAGAAAGCUUUGCUCAGAAAGUCAGUGGUGAGUGACCGCCUGCAGCGCCUGCUUCAGCCCAAGUUACUCAAGCUCGAGUACUUGCACCAGAAGCAGAGCCGGGUCUCCAGUGAGUCGGAGCGGCAGGCCCUGGAGAAGCAGGUCAGGGAGACGGAGAAGGAGAUCCAGGACAUCAACCAGCUUCCAGAGGAGGCCUUGUUGGGAAACAGGCUGGACAACCAUGACUGGGAGAAGAUUUCCAAUGUCCACUUUGAAGGAGGCCGUAGCGCAGAGGAGAUCCAGAAGUUUUGGCAGAGCUCUGAGCAUCCAAGCAUCAACAAGCAGGAGUGGAGUGUGGAGGAGGUGGAGCGGCUGAGGGCCAUUGCGGCCACACGUGGCCACCUGGAGUGGCACUUGGUCGCAGAGGAGCUGGGGACCAGCCGCAGUGCCUUCCAGUGCUUGCAGAAAUUCCAGCAGCACAACAAAGCCCUGAAGCGCAAGGAGUGGACAGAGGAGGAGGACCGAAUGCUCACCCAGCUGGUCCAGGAGAUGCGCGUGGGGAGUCACAUCCCCUAUCGCAGAAUUGUCUACUACAUGGAGGGCAGAGACUCCAUGCAGCUGAUCUACCGGUGGACCAAGAGCUUGGAUCCCAACCUGAAAAAGGGGUUCUGGGCCCCAGAGGAAGAUGCUAAAUUGCUUCAAGCUGUUGCCAAGUAUGGGGAGCAGGAUUGGUUUAAGAUCCGAGAAGAGGUGCCUGGUAGGAGCGACGCCCAGUGCAGAGAUCGAUAUCUCAGAAGAUUACAUUUCAGCUUGAAAAAGGGGCGAUGGAAUGCAAAAGAGGAGGAGCAGUUAAUGGAAUUAAUAGAGAAACACGGCGUUGGUCACUGGGCAAAGAUAGCUGCCGAACUGCCCCACCGCUCGGGUGCCCAGUGUCUGAGCAAGUGGAAGGUCAUGGCGGGGAAGAAGAGUCUCCAAAGGAGGCGACGGAGGCCCUGUCGCAGAGUCCGCUGGAGCUCUGGCAGCAGCAGCAGCAGCGGCAGCUAUAGCAGUGGGGGCAGCAGCAGCAGCAGCAGUGAGGAUCCAGAGACAGAGCUGGAAGAAACCCAGAAGGGCCACAGAGUGCUGCUGCCCCCACAAUACAUGGUGCCAGACAUGGACCUCUGGGUCCCUGCCAGGCAGAACACCAACCAGCUGUGGAGUGGAGGGGCCAGGGGCUGCUCAGGACACCCUGCUGCUUUCCCUGGCCCUUCCAAGGAGUCUGAUGCCACCCAAGGUGACAACAGGGCAAUGUCCACCCUAGCCUUGGCUCCUCGAGAGUUGAGCCAGAGAGAGGCCCCCUCCAGGACCCACAGUACCAUCCUGAGAGGUGCCCAGGACCCACAUUCGGCAGAUACUCACCCAGCAAACCUGGAGGAGCUGGCCUUUAAGGGUGGACAGCAUCUGCUGAAGGUACCCCUAGCGACGGUGCAGAGGGUACUGAGGACCAACACAGCCGUCCAUGACCGUGCACUGAAGGAGAGGCUGAGGCAGCCAGCCCCACCUGACGCACCCCCAGGGCCUGGCCCUGGUGACAGCAUGGCUGGGCCUUACCUAUGGCAGCUGAGGCAUGGAACCUUCCAGAAUGGACAGCAGCGCCGGAAAUACACUCUGCACCGGAGGCUCCUCGAGCGCAGGCUUCUGUUUGCUGUUACACCCUGGGUGGGUGACAUCACCCUCCCCUCCACACAGGCCCCCUCCACGCCUGCAGCAGUGCUCACUAGAGCCGACGGCAUCAGGAUGCAGUUAGAGCACGCCCGGCUGGCCAGCACCCCAGUGUUCACGCUGCUGAUUCAGCUGUUGCAGAUCGACACUGCUGGCUGCAUGGAUGUCGUUCGAGAGAGGAAGGCCCAGACACCCACACCACUCCGACCUGGCACCCGGGGCCUGCCAGCUUGCCUUCCACAGGCUCCCUCCUGUGCCCAGAGCACCCCAGGAUGCCUCUUCCCAAAUAUGCCGACUUGGAAUGCUACAAAGAGUGCUAGUCACAAAGGGAGCACAGGACUGGAGUCCCGCCAGGCUACUUUCACCUCAUCCCAAGUGCCUGCACCAGUCCCACGCGGCCCCCGCCCCAAGCCUAAGACUGUAUCAGAGCUGCUUCGGGAGAAGCGGCUUCGGGAGGCACGUGUGAGGAAGGCCACCCAGGGCCCCCCUCUGCCUCCCCAGCUGCUGGUCUCACCUGUGAUUCUUCGACCCCCUAUCCUGCCAGCCCCUCGGCCUCAGGGUCCCCUAGCCACAGGUCCUGUGUCCAGCACAGAUUGCUCUGGGCCUGGGGCCUCCAUGGCAGCCAGUGCAUGCCCUUCUGGCUCCUGGCAGGAGACUGGGGUUUCAGCCAAGGACAAGGGACUCCCUACCCUCCAAGCCCUGCCUCUCAGUCCUGCCCCAAGCCCUGGCCCGGUCCCUGUGGUCUGCCCUCUGAGCAGUCUGGGACAGUCUCAGGCCCCUACCACGUCCCGGAAGCAGGGCCUGCCUGAGGCUCCGCCCUUUUUCCCUGCAGCCCCCAGCCCCACUCAGCUCCCCAUUCAGCCCCUCAACCUGACACCUGCUCUGGGCACACACACAAGUGGGCCCCCACUGGCAGCCAGCAUCCCCUUGCCUGUCACCUGGGUGCUCACGGCCCAGGGGCUGCUCCCCGUGCCCGUGCCAGCAGUGGUGGGCCUCCCUGGGCCAGUGAAGACCCCUGGUUCCACGGGGCUCCCAGCAGAGCUGCCACCGCCCCCGACGGAGUCUGCAGCUUGCUCUUCGCAGCUCCACGCCAGUGCGGAUACAGAGCCAGUUCCUUCUAACAAGACUGACCCCUCAGCUUCCCCAACGUGCCCCCCAUCCCAGAGUGCUGUAGAAGUAGGUAGUCAUGUUCCUGGUGCCCCUGUAGAGGCCCAGGUGGUCAGGGAGGCCUCAGUGCCAAGGACACAUUCCCAGACCAAUGACCCUGAAGCAGAGCCCCCCUGGCACAGCCAGCUCCCUGCCUCUGUCGGCACUGGUCCCACAAAUGAUUCAGGAGGGACACGGGAGACUGGGGAACCUCUGGGUCUAGAGAAGCCACAAUUGCCUGGGCCUGAGAAGGGGGCCUUGGAGCUGGGCCUGCUCUCCCAGGAGAGUGAAGCGGCCAUACGACAGUGGCUGAGAGGACAGGAAGGGGUUCGUGUGCCCCCACUGGGGAACAGGCUGCCCUACCAGCCCCCCACCCUGUCCAGCCUGCGAGCACUGUCCAACCUCCUGGUCCACAAGAAGGCCUUGGAGCACAAGGCUGCCUCCCUAGUAGCCAGUGGGGCAGCUGGGGCCCUGCAGGCUUCACUGGAGCUGGUGCGAAGGCAGCUGCAGGACAACCCAGCCUACCUCUUGCUGAAGGCACGGUUCCUGGCUGCCUUCACCCUGCCCGCCCUCCUGGCCACCCUGGCCCCCCACGGCAUCCGCACCACCCUGUCCAUGGCCACAAGGGCCACUCUCUCUCAGAGUGAGGAGGAGGAGGACCUGAGUGAGCGGGAGCUCCAGGACAGCGACAGCUGGUUAGGCUGCGAGUCUAGUGGAACACAGGCGUGUCCGGCGGGCACAGUCCCCAUCCAGGGAGCCCUGGAUUCUGGCGAGGGCUCUGUCCCCUCCCACUUGGAUACCUCUGAUGACCUCGAUGUGCUCAGGACUCGGCGUGCCCGGCACACCCGGAAGCAGAGACCUCUGCGUGAGCAGCAGGACAAGGACGCAGGGCCCAUGCUUGCCCCAAGAAUCCACCACCCACCCUGCAGGAGAAAAUAGCCAGGAGAGCUGUGGCCUGUAGACUGACCUCUGCCUGCGCUGAGCAGGAAGAAGCUCUGCAGAGUGGCCUCAUCCCAGGCUUGGCUGGCCACUACGAAUCCCAGAGUUUGAAGGAAUAAACCACCAACAUCAUCUCCCAGAUACCCUGGCGCCCAGGAUCCUAGCGUGCCCACAGCCAGGGCAGCACACAGCUGGCAAGUGGCUCCUGCAGGACAGAG